AUGGCCACCAAGACUUCACAUUUGUUCCUCUUGUUCGUGGUGGUGUUGGGCGCCCUUAUCGAGGGCACGACCUGCCGUCGUUUGCUCGACGGCGAGACGACGACGUCGUCGUGGGGGGAGAAAGAAGCUGUACUGCAGGGGAGCAAGAAAGAGUCGUCCUUCAUGGAAGGAGCGUCGGCCAUUCGAAAGAGCUUGGAAGAGUGGAGCAAGAACAAGAGCCAUAAGAUCCGCACGGUUUCUCGUCGACUGGUGCCCUGUGGGCCUAACCUACUGCACAACUGA